UACAAUAAGAAAAAAAAAGAAAAAGAAAUCUUAUUUGAUGUCUCUCUUUUUUAUAUGAGCGAAGGUACACCAAAUUUAUAACUUUUCUCCUCCCGAAGCUCUUUUUUUCCCUCUUAUUCGUAAAAUUAUGCCAAGCACUUUGGUGACUCUAAUUGAAGGGGCAUGUAGUCCUGCCCGUUUCGAACCAGAGCUAAGUAUAAAUUUGGAAAUAUGCGAAAUGAUUAACAAGAAACAAGGCACUGCUCCACGUGAAGCUGCGUCUACUAUUGUUAAACUUGUCAACAGUAAAAAUAUCAACCAGGCUAUGCUCGCGUUAACGUUAUUGGACAAUUGCGUCAAGAAUUGUGGCUACCCUUUCCAUCUUCAAAUUGCUACCAAAGAAUUCUUGAAUGAACUCGUCAAGAAAUUCCCUGAACGUCCAGCUCCUUUUCCUAAUCCAGUGACACAACGCAUUCUUUACUUGAUCAAAGAGUGGAAGGUGGCUCUGGCUGAUAUGUCAAAGCAUAAAGAUGAUCUUGUUCAUAUCAAAGACAUGUAUCGAUUAUUAAGAUUUAAAGGCUACAGAUUUCCCGAACUGAAAGAUGCUUCUAUUGCCGCUUUAGCUCCAUCUGAGUCAUUGAAAUCAGCUCAUGAGUUGGAAGAAGAGGAUCGUUUGGCACAGUCAGCUAAACUGCAAGAAUUGAUCCGCCGUGGUAGGCCACAGGAUUUGGUGGAAGCAAACCGAUUGAUGAAGAUUAUGUCAGGCUAUGAUACACGACAAGUACCUGAUUACAGCCAAAAGUUUGAAGAUGAACUGCAUAAAGUUCAGGAAAAGGCUAUUUUGCUCUACGAGAUGCUAGAAACAGUUAAACCAGGCGAUAGUAUUGAGCACAAUGACACCAUCGUGGAUUUAAAAAGUGCAUGCGCAAGUGCUCAGCCCAAGAUACAAAAGCUAAUCACUGAAGAAGAGGAUAAUGACAAGAUAGAAAAUCUGCUUACAUUAAACGACAUGAUCAACAACGUGAUGGCAAAAUAUGCUGAUAUUAGAAAAGGGUUAUUUGACACACAUUAUGAAAUUAGCGGAAAGCCUCCAUCGGCAAAUACUAAUUCAGGAGAAGAACCUAAACAGGCCAUCAGUUUGAUCGAUCUGGAUGAUGAUAACACCGGAAAUGGCCAGUCGACAGGCGCUGGUCAAAGUACAAACGUUUUGAAUGAACUUUCUGAUAUUUUUGGAUCCAAUGUUGCUAUUUCUCCGCCAAAUAACAAUAAUAAUAAUCAUAACAAUACAAUGGUUGAUAUUUUUGGAUCAACAACGACAGUGGCAAACUCGACGACAAACAAUAAUGAUUUGUUUGAUCUAUUAGGUGGAAGUCAGUCUACGUCAAAUAACAGUAUUGCCUCACCUUCUCUUCAUAACGUCAAUGUUUCACCACAACAAGCGGCCUCACCUGUGUUGAACCAAGGCAAGAUUGAAACAGCUACUUUGGUCAACAAGAAUGGGCUACAUAUCGAAUUAAACAUCAAGCAAGUGGAUACAAAAUAUUAUAUUAAAGCUUACUUUUCCAAUCUUUCGACUGCGCCUAUGGAUAGACUCAUGCUGAGAUUAGCAGCACCCAAGAGUAUGCAAAUAAAGAUGGAGCCUCAAUCCUCUCAAACACUUCCACCCAAAUCAACAAGAUCCGUUACACAGAACAUUGUCAUAAACAAUUCCAACAAGGAGAAUUUACGUUUGAGAUAUAAAGUCUCAUAUGAACAGUUUGGUGUCGACAUGGAAUUAGCAGGAGAUUUUCAUGCUUAAAUAAAUAAUAACUUGAUGUAUUUUAUUACAGAUUUAAAAGAAAAAUAUAGCAAAAACUCUUCCUUUUUCUCUUUCUCUCUCUCUCUUUCUUUCUUUUGUUUGAUCCCAAUGUCAUUAAAAAGAGAAAUUCAUGCAAGGGCAUUACGAAUUAUAAUGGUUAAAGGGUUUAGUAUGAUUAGCAGGAGUAGCUCUACGGAAAGAUGAGGUGCCUGUUUGUUGUUGUUGUUGCUGUUG